AUGAUUGCCAAAAACACAUCUCGUCGCCGGGUUGCGAUCAUCCGGAACUACAAGCUAGACGGCCAAUGGGGUCAAGACAUGCUCGACUCGUUCAGCAAACUCAUCCUCGCCGCCGAGCCCUAUGCAGUUGUCCAGCACUUCCAGCCCAUCGACGGAGGCCCUCUCCCAGAAGCGUCCAACUACGACCUCGUCAUACUGACGGGUGGAACUUACGAUCUUACGCAGCCUGAGGUCGAUAUUUGGGUCGCGGCACUUCUGGACUGGAUCAGAAAUACGGUUGCGAGCAGCCCGCAGACAAAGCUACUCGGUAUCUGCUGGGGUCAUCAGGCCAUUGCACAUGCGCUCGGAGGCAAGAUAGCUUAUCGAGAAGGCGGGACGUUGAUUGACGUUGUCGACAUUCCGCUCAAUCAGGAUGGCCAAGCGUUCUUCAAAGACUUUAAAGCUCUACGGCUCCAUAAAUUCCAUAAACGAAUUGUCAUCGAACCGCCUCCAGGCUUUCACUAUCUCGCGGACAACUAUGAGAUAUCCAUGUCUGAUUCCAACCAAGUCAUGACGUUCCAAGGUCACCCCGAGAUGACGGCGAAGAUCGCACAAGGCAUCGUUAAUGCCAGAGAUCCCUCCUAUCUAGGAGAUCCAAGUCCGGAGGGAAUCGCCCGACUCCAUAACGAUUUAGAGAAGAUUGAGGAUGGAAAGAAAGCCUUCUCGAAGGUGAUGUCCUGGGCUUUCGCUGGAAACACUCUUGUGACUUCAUGA